AUGAGUCAACACCAAGGAAACAUCUGUCCCACGUUUGGAGCUUUUCCUAUCGAGCAGUAUCUUCUUAGGAAAUGGGACUCAACUUCAUCCCUACCUAUCAAUCAGCAGCGAGACCAGCUUAUACAAGCCUUUGUGCGUGAGGAUGAUAUCUCAGCUUUUACAUCUUCGAUUCUUGAUGACAUCUCAAACGACAAACACGAAUUGAUUCAGACAGUUAUCGUUCCGUGGCGAUCACAGAAGCUUCGUCGUAUAGCAGAGAAAUACUCCCCUGGUAACAACUUAUAUGAGAAAUUGGUCGUCCUACGCACAUUCUAUGGUGGAGUCAAUGACGAUGUCAAGUUUCGUCGAUGGAUUUACGACGCAGCAGCUGCUUUUGAGCAAGACAAUCCUCUCGGCGAGCUGUUCGGAGAUACCGAAGAUCACUGGUGGCGCAUCCUCGACGAUGCUUCACUCUUCGAUACUGGUGAUCAGGGCUGGGAGAACAUAUAUAAUAGGUUUCCGGAACUCGCUUCACCAGAAGUCUGCCGUAUCUUCAAUGAUGGAGAUAUAGCAGAGGUCAAAGAGGGAGUAUCAGCCGUUGUAACUUCACGAGAGUCUGAAGAGGACGACUACGAGGAUGCUAUUGCCCAUGUUUCAGUUUCCGGUUGCUGA